UCCACCUCUCCUCAUAGUCUUCAUCGUUUCAAUCACUACUCGCCAAGUUUCGCACACAGAAUUUCCACCGGCGUUCAACGUAAAGCGGUGGAACUUCCAUUGCCGGAAACAGUGACACAACAAGUCCAAAACAAGGAGCAAAGGAAGACCCAGUUUGCACUCGAGAAUUUAACCUCUUGGCUGUUGAAACAAGAACUAGCAGGCAACAUUGACGCCGAGCUCACUGUUGUUCUAUCAAGCAUCUCCUUGGCUUGUAAACAGAUAGCUUCGUUGCUCCAAAGAUCAAGCAUUAUUAAUCUCACCGGCGGCCAAGGCACUAUCAAUGUCCAAGGUGAAGACCAGAAGAAGCUGGACGUUAUAUCCAAUGAGUUGUUCUGCAACUGCCUAAGAUCAAGUGGACGAACAGGGAUUAUAGCAUCAGAGGAAGAAGAUGUGCCUGUUGCAGUUGAAGAAACUUAUUCUGGAAACUACAUUGUUGUCUUUGAUCCUAUUGAUGGAUCAGCCAAUAUUGAUACUGCAUUAACAACUGGAUCAAUCUUUGGCAUAUAUGGCCCUGACGAGCAAUGCCUUAUCGAUCUUGAUGAUAACUCCACGCUUGAUAAAGCGAGAGAAAAAUGCAUCAUCAAUGUUUGCCAGCCAGGGAGAAAUUUAUUGGUUGCUGGCUAUUGUCUAUAUUCAAGCUCUGUUGUGUUCACCAUCUCCUUAGGCAAGGGGGUGUUUGCAUUCACCCUAGAUCCCACUUAUGGAGAAUUUGUGUUAACACAUGAGAAUAUCAAAAUACCUGAGUCUGGUAAAAUUUACUCUUUCAAUGAAGGAAAUUAUGACCUCUGGGAUGACAAACUGAAGAACUACCUUGACCACCUUAGGCAACCAGGAUCCAAUGGCAAACCAUACUCAGGCCGCUACAUAGGUUGCCUUGUUGGUGAAAUUCAUCGAAUGCUGCUUCGCGGUGGCAUCUAUGGCAACCCUAAGAACAAGAACAGCAAAAAUGGAAAUCUGAGGCUACUAUAUGAGUGUGCACCAAUGAGCUUUUUAAUAGAACAAGCUAGUGGCACUGCAAUAGAUGGAGUUCAAAGAAUUCUUGACAUCGUACCUGAGCAGGUACACCAACGUACACCAAUUUUCAUUGGAAGCGCAGAUGAAGUUCAGAAAUUACAGAAGUACUUGGCUUGAGCUGUUGAGCACCAACAUAUGGGUUUCAACCUUUUUGCAUGUUAUGGGCAUAUUUCAAGCACACAAGAUGACGAGACAAUUUUCCUAUCAAGGAUGACGAGAGAAGUUUUCAAUUAAAGAAUUACAUGAUUAGACAAUCAAAAUGCUAUCAACAUCUCCAUGGUAUCUUUAGUAUCCUACAUGAUAAUUAAAAAAUACAACAUUUGAUUAACAAUUCUUGAGUUUGUAGAGCAUCUAUGUUGCUCAAAUUUUAAACAAAAUCACAUUGGCAAACAUAACUUGAUCUUUACAAAGAAA